AUGAAGUUUUCAAUUAAGUUACUAGCCGCGUUGGCAGGCAUUGUAUGCACAGCAGCGGCUGUUGACGAGAAUCCAGCCGUUGCUUCGGCUGAUUCUGCGGUUGUCAAGCUGACGUCUGACAAAUUCUCCGCGUUCCUCAAGGAAAACGAUCUCGUUCUUGCCGAAUUCUUCGCCCCUUGGUGUGGUCAUUGCAAGCAUCUUGGCCCCGAGUUUAGCUCUGCUGCCGACCGCUUGCUGGACAAGAACAUCAGGUUGGCCCAGAUUGACUGCACUGUGGAGAAGGAUCUGUGCCAGAACCACGGCAUCAAGGGCUACCCUACCCUCAAGGUGUUCAAGGGCCCUGACGCUGAGCCUGUUGACUACAGUGGUCAGAGAACUGCGGAUUCGAUCUACAGCUAUAUGUUGAAACAGUCUCUACCACCAGUUUCUGUGAUCGCUGAUGCUGCUGACCUGACCGACUCUAUUGAGGAGGCCGUUGAACCAAUCGUGCUUCAGAUACAGCCAAAGGGCGCCAAAGCUUCGGAAGCUAACACGAGUUUCUACGAGCUUGCAGGCACCUUGAGAGAACAGUUCACUUUCAUCGUGACUUCCUCUGACGAGUACAUCAAGAAGUAUGCCGGCGACAGCUCCGAACCUGUAUUUGCCAUUUUCAGAGCUGACAGCUCUGAACCCUCCAUCUUCAAGGGCGAAGUCAGUGACCUUACCCACUUGACCGAGUUCAUCGAAAUCGAGACCAAGCCUCUGUUUGGCGAGAUCGACGGAAGCUCUUUCCAGGUGUACAUGGGUGCAAAAUUGCCUCUCGCGUAUUACUUCUGGACCGACAAGGCCGGUAGGGACGCAGUUGAGUCGAUCAUUUUGCCCCUCGCUAAGAAGUACAGAGGUGUGAUCAACUUUGUUGGUUUGGAAGCCGCCAAAUUCGGCCCACAUGCCAAGAACCUGAACAUGCAGGAGAGUUACCCAUUGUUUGCUAUUCACGACAUUGAGUCCAACAAGAAGUAUGGUAUCAGUCAAGAGAAGGAGCUGAACAACAAGGACAUCACAAAGUUCGUGGAGAGCUUUGUCGCCGGCGAAGCUGAGCCAAUUGUUAAGUCUGAGGACGUUCCAGAGGAGCAGGCCGAGGCCGUUUACCACUUGGUCGGCAAGGAACAUCAGGCCAUCACCCUUGACGAGUCCAAGGACGUUUUGGUGAAGUACUACGCUCCAUGGUGCGGUCACUGUAAGAGACUUGCCCCUACCUAUGAGGAGUUGGCUGCUGUCUACAAGGAUGCUGGUGAAGACAGAGUUGUGAUUGCCAAGCUCGACCACACCCUCAACGAUGUUCCAGUUGAGAUUUCCGGAUACCCAACCUUGGUGCUGUACCCAGCCAACGACAAGACUAACCCAAUCACUUUCGAGGGAGCUAGAUCCAUCGAGGGCUUGAGUGAGUUCAUCAAAGACAAGGGCUCUUUUGGAAUUGACGCAUUGAAGUUGCAGGCUGAAAACACCGCUGCUGGUAAUGCUACCGAGGAAGCUGUCAAGGAGGCUGAUGGCCACGACGAGCUAUAG